CAUAUUUUAUUCUUUCUUGUUCUUGUUCUUGUUCCGAUGGCAGCAGGGUGGCUGAGAACGCUCGCCAAGCUCACUGCAGUGGUCGCAGUCGUGUACGCUGGGAUUGUCGCUGCCGUCAUGCUGAGCCCUGCGUUCCAGGCCGUCUUUGUCUACCUGCAUGUCCUCCGCAUCCCAUUCCCAACGCACUACACUGCGCCGCAUCUCCAUGGCCUGCACGGCGCUCGCCCAGUCACCAUCACCACGCAAGACGGACUGACCCUCGGCGCCUGGCACAUCCUCCCCGCCGGUCCUCUCACUCUCCACGCCGAGAUGGCGAUGGUUCGCGGAGAAGCGCAGGACGAGGUGUUUGACAGACUACUGCAGACCUCCCAAGCCAAAAUCAUCAUUUACUUUCAUGGCAACGCUGGCACGCGUGGCGUCGGACACCGCGUCGACUUUUACCGCACUGUCACCUCGCAUCUGGGUGCACAUGUGCUGACGUUCGAUUACCGAGGGUUUGGCGAGUCGGAAGGCACUCCGACCGAAGAUGGGCUCAAUUUGGACGCGUUCGCUGCGUACGAGUGGGUGCUGAGUCGCAUUGGCGAGGAAAACUCGGGCCGUGUGCUGAUCUGGGGUCACUCAUUGGGAUCCGGAGUGAGCUCGCGGUUCAUCUCAGAGCUGUGCUUGCAGCACGCAAAGGAAGAGCAGCGCAUCAAGCAGCACUUGGUUCAAGCAAUGCCCGAGACGAGCGAUGCGCUCAGCCACAUCCUUCCCCUCCCGUCUGCCCUCAUCCUCGACGCGCCGUUCUCAACGCUGCGAGACGGCGCACUGCAUCAUCCUGCUGGUACAUUGUUCCAGAUCAUUCCAAAGCUGGACUGGCUGCUCGAUCGCUUCCUCGCCCACAACUUCCCUUCCGUCGAACGCAUCAAGACCAUUGACAUUCCCAUUCUUAUCGUACAUGGACGCCAGGACAAGCGGCUACCCAUCGAGCUCGGAGAGCAGCUGUACAACAGCGCAAUCGAUGCCCGAACGGAGCGCGCGCGCCUCGGGCAACGAUUCCACACUGUGCCCGUUACUGCGAAUGGCUUCCGAACAAAGGUGCGGGAAACACACGGCGUGCGCUUUGUCGAGCUUCCCGACGGCGACCACAACACGAUUUGGAUGCAACCCGGCAUUCUGAGUUCCGUCCAGCAAUUCGUUCAGGAUUUUGCGGGCAACGUCCACCGUUCUUGAUGGGGGGGUGUGAAUUGAAAUUAUGCAGGAAUUACUGUAUUGCGGUGGCUUCUGUUUGUGACAGUACAAAGGUGACACAGUGGCAGUGGACUGGUAGAAAAGC